AUGCAAGAGAUGACAAUAGCCAGUCGAAUUAUUUUGAAUUCACAAUAUUUAGAUGUCAAAUUGAAAUGUUUCUAUACAAGCUCAUUGACUGAUUUCCUUGAUUGUAAUCAACAAAUCUAUUAUAAAGAAAUAAUAGGAGUAUGUGUUGAUUCUAAAGAACAAAAAAUAAAAACAUCAAAUAAUUUAAUAAAAAAUAAUUCAACUAUUUUUAUUUAUCUUAUACAAAUGAUAAAUUCAUUAUUAGAAAAUACAUCGUUACAUUCUUCAUUAACAAUUUUCAACUAUUAUGCCAUGUAUUGUACAAAUAUGUUUAUGUACAUUACAUUUAACACUUGUUACUUAUUAUGA